UUGAGUCGGGGAAUGGGGUUAACUGUUUUGCCUACUCCCUUACACAAAAUAGUCCUAAACUGUGAGCUGGUGCAGGGUGAAGUAGCUGUAGGAGUGCGCCCGGCGUUGCCCAUUGAGGGGAUUCAUUUUAUUUUAGGUAAUGGCUUGACUGGUGGUCGGGUUUGGGCUGACGCUGCGCCAUCACCGGUGGUUACUCCUAGUCAUGUUUCAGAUCAGAAGGUAAAUGACUCAUCUGAGGGCAUUUCUGCCUGUGUGGUAACACGAGCAAUGGUUAAGUCUGAUGUGGAGGCAUCAUCUGAGGGGGGUGGUGGUGAUGAGUUGGUAGCUCCGUCCUUGUCUGAUUUUCCUUUGUCCGUGUCAGUGAGUGAGUUAUUGCAGGAGCAGCAAAGUGACCCCUCACUGAAAGAGAUGUUUGAUCGUGUUGUUUCUGCUACAGUGAUAAGUAGUGCAGGUAGUGGCUACUUUGUGCGGAAUGGUGUGUUAUUCAGGAAGUGGGUUACUCUUGGUAAUGACUUUGUGGGAGAUCCAGUGUUUCAGUUAGUGGUGCCAGCUAAGUUUCGUUCGCUGGUCCUAAAAGUGGCUCACGAUGAGAGUGGGCAUUUUGGAGUUAAAAAAACAUAUCUUAACAUCUUGAAGCAUUUUUUUUGGCCGCGAGUAAAAAGAGAUGUUGCAGCGUAUGUUAAAACCUGUCAUGUGUGCCAAUUAACGGGGAAGCCAAACCAGUCCAUUAAGCCUGCUCCACUGCAGCCGAUUCCUGCUGUAAAUGAACCUUUUGAGUAUCUCAUUGUGGACUGUGUGGGCCCAUUGCCGUGUUCUAAGUCUGGAUGUAAGCAUCUCCUGACGGUGAUGUGUCAAAGCACUCGGUAUCCUGCUGCUUAUGCGCUAAGGUCGAUAACAACUAAAGCAGUGACGAAAGCUUUAACUCAGUUUAUUUCCGUGUUUGGUAUACCGAAAGUAAUCCAGAGUGACCAAGGUUCUAAUUUUUCUUCACACAUGUUUGAACAGGUGUUAAAAAUGUUACGGGUGCAGCAUAACCAGUCAUCGGCGUACCAUGCACAGAGCCAGGGGGCCCUGGAGAGGUUCCACCAGACUCUGAAAGCACUCCUGCGAUCGUAUUGCAUUGAGCUGGAUAAAGACUGGGAGGAAGGUCUUCCAUGGUUAAUGCUGGCGGCUAGGGAGGCAGUGCAGGAGAGUACGGGGUUUAGCCCCAAUGAGCUGGUUUUUGCGCAUACAGUGCGAGGGCCCUUGGCAGUAUUGAAAGAUGGCUGGGUGGACACUGAACCGCCCAAGAACUUGAUUGACUAUGUAAAUGGGUUUAGACAUCGAUUGUGGGUAGCAGGUGGGAUGGCAAGGGAAAAGUUGAUGAUGUCACAGAGCAGGAUGAAAAAGAUGUAUGAUCGCCAUACGGAACGCCAUGAGUUUAGUCCUGGAGAUCAGGUUCUCGCUCUUAUGCCGAUUGUGGGCUCUCCAUUUCAAGCCAAGUACACCGGUCCUUACACAGUCGCUAAAAAAAUGUCUGAGUUGAAUUAUGUCAUUGCAACCCCAGGACGGAGAAAAUCGACACAACUGUGUCAUGUCAAUCUGCUGAAGCCCUAUUACAGUCGGGACGCUGAGGUCAGCCUGGCAGAUAAAGAAAAGGUACGUCCGGCGCUUAUGGUCAACUCAGUUUCGGGGUCGCAGGAGGAAGAUGGGGUGCCGGAGCCUGAUGAUAGUUUAUUAUAUGGCCGGUUGAAUAAUUCAGACUCACUCAAAAAUUUGGAUAAACUUUUAUCCCAUUUGUCUGAGACCCAAUGUAGUGAACUGUCUGAUUUGGUGCGGAAAUAUUCCUGUUUGUUUGGAGAUGUUCCUACUUGCACGGAUUGGAUUGAACAUGAUAUUGACGUGGGAGAGGCGCAGCCAAUUAAACAGCGGUUUUAUCGCAUGUCGCCAGAGAAAUUGAAACAUCUAGAGUCUGAAAUUGAUUACAUGCUUAAGAACGGUCUUGCUGUACCAUCAUCCUCAAGUUGGUCAUCUCCUUGUAUUUUGGUUCCCAAGGUAGAUAGAACAUCUAGGUUUUGUACGGAUUUUAGAAAAGUAAAUUCUGUUACAAAACCCGACUGCUUUCCAAUGCCAAGGAUGGAUGACUGUGUAGAUCAGGUGGGGUCUGCCAGGUUUGUCAGCAAGUUCGAUCUGCUUAAAGGGUAUUGGCAGGUGCCUUUGUCUCAGCGUGCUCAGGAAAUAUCUGCAUUUAUUACGCCGUCGGGACUCUAUUCUUAUAAUGUUAUGGCAUUUGGUUUAAGAAACGCUCCAGCGACGUUUCAGCGUCUUAUGAAUCGUGUUGUGUCUGGUCUGAAGGGUUGUGCAGUUUAUCUGGAUGACCUAGUGGUUUACAGUGAUACAUGGCACUCUCACCUUCAACGUAUCCGGGCUUUGUUUGAGAGGCUUGCUGAGGCGCAUCUCACCAUUAAUUUGGCUAAGUGUGACUUCGCUAGGGCUACUGUGACAUAUUUGGGCCGUGUAGUGGGACAGGGCCGGGUGGCUCCAGUUCAAGAUAAGGUGAGGGCAGUGGAGAGGUAUCCUCAGCCUACAACAAAAAAAGAAUUGCAGCGUUUUUUGGGUCUUGUAGGUUAUUAUAGGAGUUUCUGUAAGAACUUCUCCACUGUGGUGUGUCCGUUAACGGAGCUGUUGAAGGCCAAGGUUAAGUUUGUUUGGUCCUUUGCAUGCCAGCAAGCUUUUGAUAGUAUCAAAUCUCUGUUAUGCUCGUCUCCUGUGCUAGCAGCCCCAUGUUUUGAUAAAAACUUUAUGCUUCAGGUAGAUGCUAGCCAGGUCGGAGCAGGUGCAGUAUUGCUUCAGGAGGAUGAUCAGGGGGUGGUAAGACCAGUUAGUUUCUUUUCUAAGAAGUUUAACCGUUACCAGUUUAAUUACUCGGUAAUAGAGAAGGAAGCACUGGCGCUUAUUUGGGCAUUGCAGCAUUUUCAGGUGUACAUAGGAGGUGCACCAGUCAUUGUAUACACGGACCAUAACCCUUUGACAUUUUUACAGUCAUUUAAGUGUCCAAAUCAAAGACUUAUGAGGUGGUCAUUGUUUUUGCAGGCCUAUGACCUUGACAUUCGGCAUAUUAAAGGGGCAGAUAACGUUAUAGCAGAUGCGCUAUCACGGGCCCCUGUUAUUUGAAUGUGCUAUGACAUUUGUGCUGCUGGAUGAGUUGCUUUGCUCUGCCUGUUUUCUUAAAUUUGCUUCCUAGGUACCAGGUUGCUGAAGAUUGGGUGGGAGUCUUAGCAGGCCAUGCGCAGAGGGAAGUCAGGUAGAUCCUUACUGAUUGAGAACACCUGGUCCCAGUGCGCCAGAGGAGAUAAAAGUUCCACCUUCAAGAUCGUCGGGCUCUCUGAUCCUUGCUACCAGCCGUCAUUUGCUUUGGUUUUGUUUCAUGUUUGUUUUUAUUUUAACACUACAACACUUUACGCCACGACCACUCAUCCACACUUACAUAACUGAGGUUGCUGACUAACCCAUCCCAUUAUUCAGGUAUUGUUUGAUUACUUUAUGUUAUAAUAAACCUUGUUAAAAUCAAUU